AACACUUUACUACAAUGAAUUCUAAUUUUAGACUAAAUGUAUUGUUGAAUCAUUUAGGGAAGAACAAACUCAAUCAUGUUAACUUACAAAGAACUGCUGGGAGUAAUUAUGAAUAUACACAAGAAGAUACAAUUUUUACCUAUGAAAUGCGUGAAUUUUACGAAACAAAUGGAUAUAUUAUCAUUCCAAAAUUAAUUGAAGAUUCUUAUAUUGAUACGUUCCGUGAACAUUUCAUAAAUAUUUGUGAGGGAAAAGCAGAUUUAGGGGGAAUUGUUUUAUUGAAAGACAAAUCCUUAAUGAGUAUGGGUGCUAAAGGUGAACAUCUGAUUAAUAAGAUACAACAGCUAUCUUACGAUCCAAUAUUUGAGAAAUAUAUUCUACACGCAAAAUUGUUAGAUGUAGUUCAAUCAAUUAUCGGGCCAAAUAUUGUUGCAAUGCAUUCAAUGCUCAUCAAUAAACCACCUGAUUCCGGCAAACAAACAUCAAUACAUCCAUUGCAUCAGGAUCUUUAUUACUUUCCAUUUAGACCUGCUAAUAGAAUCGUAGCUGCAUGGACAGCAAUGGAAACAAUUACAGAAGAUAAUGGAUGCUUAUACGCAAUACCUGGUAGUCACAAAGGAAUUUUACAGGUGCAUAGAUAUCCAGAUAUGGAUGUAAAUCAUGGCUUUCAUGGUAUAAGAGGCUAUGAUGAUUAUCCUAAAGUUAAUCUUCGAAUGGAAAAAGGUGACACUAUCUUUUUCCAUCCAUUACUAAUUCAUGGCUCAGGAGUUAAUAAAUCAAAGAAUUUUCGAAAAGCAAUAUCUUGUCAUUUUGCUGCAAGUGAAUGUCAUUAUAUUGAUGUCAGAGGCACAUUACAAGAACUCAUUGCAAAUGAAGUGUUGAAUUUAGUAAAGAAAAAGCUUGGCUUACAAAUUCAAUUUGAGGAUUACUAUAAAAUGAAUGCACGUUUGGUACGUGGAAGAGAAAUAACACUUAUUUGAAAAAUUACAAACUUUGAUGAUUUCAAACCAAAUAUUUAUCUUGCGUUCUUUAUUAGUUAACUGGCCAUUGAAAAUGGUGACGUCAUUUUUAAUCGAUACUGGUCAGAUAAAUAAUAUCAAUGGAAGAAUGUAAAUUAAUGGCGGAGGUAAAGGGCAGUUUAAACUAAUAAUUAAAACAUUGAUUUAAAAUAUUAAAAAAAUUUCGAAGUAAAUUAUGAGUUUACAAUUAUUUGAACUUUAUUAUUUUAAAAACGAGUGCGACACAAACUUUUAAUAUUUAAUUUACGUUUCC